UCCAGAACUAGAAAUGGUGUAAUGAAAAGAGGCAGAAACUCUCAUAUCCUUUCUCUCAAGCUCAAUUUCUGCGCAAAGAUUCGAAAUUUAUCGUCGUCUUCGAUUGAAAGUCUAAACAGCUGAGGAAAAAAAAAAGAAAAGUUAUGUCGGGUUUCGCAGCUUUGAAGCUGAAUUCAAGCCCUUGCCAUUUCCGUACAUCAUCGUUAUUGUCGUCGUCCACUUCAUUUGAUUUGAGGCCUUCAUUUCUUCGAAUAAGUGUUCUUCCUGCAGGCCCCCGUCGAUCCAUUUACCCAAGGAUAGUUGCAUUUACGAGCAAUGAUAUUAAGGUGGGUAGCAAUAUUGAAGUGGACGGAGCUCCUUGGAGAGUUAUGGAGUUUCUUCAUGUGAAGCCUGGUAAAGGAGCUGCAUUUGUGAGAACUACUAUGCGAAAUUAUAUAACAGGAAAUACUGUUGAGAAGACAUUCCGUGCUGGAAGCAAGAUUGGUGAGGCUGACAUAUUGAAGCAAACAAAGCAGUACACUUAUAAAGAUGCCGCCCAGUUUGUUUUCAUGGAUAUGACCACAUUUGAGGAAUAUCGUCUUAACGAGUCAGAUGUUGGUGAUAAGCAAAAGUGGUUGAAAGAAGGCAUGGAUUGUACCUUGCUAUUUUGGAAUGGAAAGAUUAUAGACUUUGAACUGCCUAUCACAGUAAGAUUGACCGUGGUUGAUGUUGAUCCUGGCCUAAAAGGUGAUACAGCACAAGGUGGAUCAAAACCGGCAACCCUUGAUACUGGUGCUAUCGUUAAUGUUCCAUUGUUCGUUGAAAGAGGCACAGACAUAUUGGUGGAUACAAGAACUGGCCAGUACAUGACCCGAGCAUAAAACAUCACUAGGAUGAUCUGCAAUUUUAAUCUUCAAGAAUUGUUAAAUAGAUGAAGCUUGAAUCUUCUUCGCUACAGUAUAUGUAUCGCUGUUGUUUCAAAGGUUUAGUUGCAGAAUAUCUGAUUUUGUACUUGAGAGAGUAGGAUUUCGACCACUUAUAAAUGAUGAAGUUAUGAACGUCCAUUCGGUUCUUUAAUUAGAUUCAUUUGAGAUCAAGGAUAAUCCUCUUCUUAGUAGUUGAUUGUGGGUUAAUCAAACAUUCAUAGUCUAUUUACAUGUAUAUACAAUAACAUGUAUUUAUCUUAUUUUUGUAAUUCUUAUUUACAAUUUUAUAAAUGUAUUUUUAAUUUC